AAUUUCUAACUCGUAAAUCUUACAAAAUAUAGUUAAUUAUCUACCACACUAUUGCGUAUCAUUUUGACGAUUCCCAUCAUCAACAUAAUCACGAAAACUUGUCUGUGUGCUAAUGGAGACUUGAACGUCAAGUUCACCAAGCACAAGUUGUCUCAACAGUAUCUCCGUAGUGGAUAACAUCGUUCGGUUGAUUUUCAGUUUGUGUUAAAACUCCAAUUCAAAUGUGUUUAGUUCUUAGAAUAUUAUUCUGUGUUAAUUUUUUAAUUGUUGGUCGAUGUCAAGAAUGGGUAGUAGAUGACGAAGGGUGCCGAACACCAAAUGGAGAUGUAGGUGACUGUAUUCCAGUGCGACAGUGUCGACCAAUGAUUGAAGCUAUAAAAUCAUUGAAUAGGCCAUUGUCCCAACAUGUUACCCAGCAGUUAAACAGUUAUUCUUGUAGUUUUAGUAAUAAUGUGGCUCACAUCUGCUGUCCACAGGGUCCAAUUAUAAUACAAGAAGGAGAAAAUGAGAGUCCUCCUGACGUGUCAAAUCACCGAAAUUUACGGUUACUUCCAACUAAUUGUGGUUAUCUUGAUCCGGGUAAGGAUCGUAUAAGGAAUGGAAAAAAUGCAGAAAUCAACGAAUUUCCUUGGAUGGCUUUACUAAGCUAUAGAACAAGAAGAGGUCCGGAAUUUAAAUGUGGAGGAACAAUUAUUAAUGACAGAUAUAUUUUGACUGCAGCGCAUUGUAUAAAAAAUUUGGAAAGUCCGUUGUUAGGUGUGAGAGUUGGAGAGUAUGAUAUUAAAAAAAAGCAGGACUGUGCAAAACUGCCAAACGGGUCAACGAUAUGUACGCCUGGUUAUCAAGAUUUGGCAAUUGAAGAAAUUAAUCCACAUUCACAAUUUAACGCUUCUGUAAUAUCCAACGAUAUCGGUUUGAUAAGAGUAUCAAAAAUGAACUUGAAACUUGAAAAUACCAGACCAGUCUGUCUACCAACAGAUGAUCUUCGGAAUGAAAACUUUAAAAAUGUCAUCAUUACAGGUUGGGGCAUCACGAACGUAUUAACAGGAGAAUCCAGUUCAAUUCUUCAAAAAGUUAAUCUACCAGUAGUUGAGCUUGACCAAUGUAAAAAUGUCUAUAAGAAUCAGUCUAACGUACAUUUAACAUUUAAACAAGUAUGCGCUGGUGGCAAAAACAACAAGGAUUCUUGCCAAGGUGAUAGUGGGGGACCUCUUCAUCAAGCAGCAUUUGUUGAUGGCCUGCCUAAAUACAUUCAACAGGGCGUUGUGUCUUUUGGUCCCAGAGAGUGCGGUUUGGAAGGUUAUCCUGGUGUUUAUACCAGAGUAGCCUAUUACAUGGAUUGGAUUUUGGAUACAAUUAGGCCUUAGAUUUUUAAUUAUUGAGACUUUUAGUUGUUUCAAACUGAUCAACUGUCAAAAAUGUAACGAUAAGCAGCUAAAAAUGUGUAUUUACAGCUGUGAGAAUAACGGUGAUUGAGCUGUAAUAAUCUAUAGUUUCGCAAUUUUCCAACAGAUUUGGUAACUUCCAACAACAAAAUGGCGUUCAAAUGUGAUACAUUUGAGAUACUACACAAUAUAUUAUAUUUAAGAUAUUCCAAACGCGCUGAGAAAAAGGAAAAUGUAAUGUUCCAAUUUUUUCAAUUAAUAUAUAGUGUCCUGUGAGAUACUUAUAAUAUUGAUGACAAAAAUUUUCAAUAACCAUUUUUAAUGUCUUCUACAGUGAACCUGGUUAAAUAGGUAUGGAUUUCAUUAUUGCCAAAACUGAAAUUUUUCAUUAUAAAUGGACAUCUUUUAAGUGUCAAAUAUGAUUGCAUCUUGAGAGAUGUGGCGACGGUUUAAAUUAUUUUCAAAACUUCUCGUUAAAGUUAUAUGAUUUUAUUACAUGUCAUCUGUUGGACUAGGUAUGAAAUAAAGAAAAUAAAAUCAUUACUAUUAAUCAACUAUGAAGUUUCUAGACAGUGUCUUGCUUUUCCAAUUGAUAUCUAAUGAAAUAAGGGAUCUCAUACUGUUCCAUGAUAUUCUUCCUGUUUUUCCGACUAUUGGAUUUGUCGUAAUACUUUGAGUUAGUUGAUUUCUAUGUAUUUUGAAAUUUAACUAGGAAGCUUAACUAUAACUAUAAUUUAUAUUUAUAAAUCGGUGAUUAUAUCUUUAUUAACAUUCACUCUCUAACCUCAAUUUUUUUUUUCAAAAUCUACUUAUUUCAAUUUAUCCUUGUCUUUUCCUGUAGGUGUUUUGCCUCCAUAUUAUUUUGUAUGCCUGGGCAAUUAACUAUUAUCCUAUACUCCUAUAUUAUGAAAAGAGAUGUUAAUAUCACAUAUACGAGUACCUACACAUUGCGUUUCAUGAUUUUUCAUCGUCCAGUCCUUCAACAAUUGCUGAAGUUUUUUCACGAGAUAUUAUUGAAAAUUUUUAUGACAAAAUAGGUAUUGCAUAGGCUUAUAACUUUGGAGCCAUACAUAUUGGAAAUGAUUUAAUUUACUUAUUAGUUAAAGUUUGAAAUAUAACCAAUUAACAAGUUUGCGAGUAUUUUUGACGUGUACUGACUGUAUAUAAAGAAAUUCAAAUUGUGAGAUAUUCAGCACAUUCAAUAUUUAAUUGAUUUUGAACUAGACCAGAAAAGCAAAACGAUCGUCUUAAAAACUAGAAAUAUAGCAGGAUUUAUAUUGUACCAUUCAUAGCUUUGGUUGAUUCUGAUAUUUGAAGGUUAAUUUGUAUAAUCUCAUCCAAAGCCCGAACAGUUAUAGGUUGAGAGCUCAAUUUCAUCUGAAUUACAGGAAAUAUUGAAUUACAAUCAACAAAAUCAAUAGUAAGUAAAUCAGCUACAUUAAAGGCAUCUAAAAUCAUUCGACUUCAAGUACUACUAUUAGAAGGAUCUAAAUUUUAUUGACAAUAUUCUAAUAUAAUUUGAAAUGUUGGUUGUGUUUUGUUUCAUAAAUCACUACUUUCUCUGAUAUGUGCUAAAUACAAUAUUUUUAAGGAUUAUCAUUAUGAUUUACACUAUUAUCGGUCCCAAUAAGUUGUUUAAUAUGUAUAUCUACUAGGAAGUUUAGUUAACAUAUGUAGAGUUUCAUAUGUCAAAUGUGAUGUACAGUGCUCUCCCAUGAAAAUGUAUAAAUCUAUUGUCAGUUCCUAUAUAAGUUACUUUAAGUCACUAAUCUUUGGGUGCAUCUGUUUGAGAACCUGUCCACAAACCUUCCAGUGCAACUCUUCGACUUCUGCCCAUAGUUUUGCAACUGUAUAUCAAACAUUCACCCAUUUAAUUUGCGAAAUUCGGCUAUUCAAUGAGGCAGUGUAUAUUUAUUUCCUAUUUUGCUUAUCAUAAUACAUUAAUACAUUUCGUCCACAACAUACACUUUAAAUCUGUUUUUAGGCAUCUUAAAAUUGAAAAAAGUUAGGGACUGGUAUAUUUCUCAUAUUAAGGGAAUCCAGUUUGAAUAAUAAUAUUGCUUUAUCUAUUACUGUAAUAGCACCUUUAGAUCUAAUAUUUGCUGAAACUUUUGUUUAAAAACAUUACUGAUUACCUACGCUGUAUUUUUACAAACGUAUUUCAUAUUUUGUUUAUCUGGAUAUAUUCAAUUAUUACUCUAGAAAACGAUAUUAAUAAAGUUAAAUGAACGAAUAUUAUUAUGAAGAACUAGUGAAUGGUACCAAAUUUAUUUCAUGUACACAUACAAUAAGUCAAAGAUAUCCAAAUUUGAAAUAACUUCAAGACGUUCAAGACGAUCUAUUUCGGAAAGUGAUCUGAUUCUCAUAAAUUUUUUAAAUCUGAAAAAGCCUGCUAUAUGACCAACUUCUCACUAGAAAUUAAAGUUAGUCGUUAGGACAUCUAAAAAUGGCGAAAAUAUCGUUGCCACCGUGAAAAAGUUAUAAUAAUGAUAUUAAAAUGUUUUUUUAAAUAAAGACUGUAAUGUAUCUAAAUAACUAUAUAAAAUUUUUCAAUAAAAUCUAUGAUAAGUCGAA